UUCAGUGUUAACAUAGUUUGUUUACCCAUCUCAGACGUUUCGUUCGGUCUGUUUUACCCGACCGCUUAAACUAAUAUAAUCAUGGUAUCUGUUCCUGAUUGUCUGGAAAGAAUAUCUGCAGUGCUGCAACUGGUUGGACGGCUGGAAAACAGCACAGGUUCGCCACCUGCUAGCAAGCGAACUGUUGCAAAUCUUCCUGUCAUUGUAGUCAAUAAGGAUCAUACUGGGGACGAAUGCCAAUGCUCGGUUUGCAUGGAAGAAUUCGAAGUAGGCCACAAUGCAACCAAGCUGGGUUGUUCCCACGUAUUCCACGUCCAUUGCAUUAAGCUCUGGUUAGAGCUGCACAGCACGUGUCCUAUCUGCCGAAAACCGGUCGACGAAUUCCCAUGCAGACCCGGAACUACAAACGUACCUAUGACAUCACAAGCUAGUGGUUCGUCCACCUCAAAUGAACAACCGCGCUUUUACUCCGACAAUUUCACACCGUUCUAUACGUACACUUGAGAUAUUUACAAAUAUUGUACAUGAUUUGAGAAGUUCACUACGCCGUCUUUUAUAGACAGUAGAAAUGGAUUUGCAGUACGCCCGCUCGUUUUUUUGCGGGAAAAUCAUUGUGCUAAUAAAUUGCCUAUUUAUUUUUCAAGCUGCUGUUGUAUCACGCCCGAAUACAUGCUUGAGCAUUUCAAA